GGAGUCACGGAACAACUUGUUGAAAUUGACACAAUUUUUUUUCCCCACCUGGAUCUAAACUGAUCAGCAGGUGUGAAGUGAUCCGGAUUUAGCCAAAUAUGAUUCAGAUGGGCCUCGUGGUGGUUUUACAAUCUGUUCAGUGACUCAAGAGAGAAAGGUUUGCUCCCAAAAUCAAUAAACAUUAGAUCUCACGUCCCUUUGAAGAACGAUUUUCAGUCAGGAGAUUCCAAAUGACAUCAAAAUUCUUAUUUUUCAUAAUAAAAAUAAAUUUUUCAGUUCUCGGAGUCACCUGAGAUUAUACUUUUGCCACAGUUACUCACAGAAAUGGUGUUCGUUUAAAUAAACGUGAUCAAAAGAAAAAACCGACUCCUCACUUUGAACGACGCUGAAACAGAUGCUUCGUGCGCCCCCUGCUGGUCGGCUCUCCACACGGCUCUGCUCCUGUAAUUUCCAUGACAGCCGGAUGCUGAAAUCAAUAAACAGUCAUUAACGAACCUGAAAAUACAAAUUCUGUGGCAGUCAGCAAAAGAAAAUCAAAUCAAACAGCGUCUCCCUCCUGCAUCUAUUUAGACUCAAGCAGACUAAUCAUGACCAUUUUGUGCAGAAUAACUUCUGAUUCUUUUUGCUCUGCGACAGUGUUCAAGCUUGCACAGAGGAGGAAUUAUCUAGUUCAGGUCUAAUCCUUAUGCCCAAGUGUUUUACAGCCGAUCUAAUUACAUCUCUAUAAGUCACACCGUUUAAACUGCUUUGCUUUCUCAUUUCCUCGUGUCUUUGCUUCUUAAUUCUGAAAAUCGAUCAUUAUCAGAGGUCGGCCAAGGCUCCGCACCAACAUGGCAAAAGAGGAGUGGAUAUAUUUCCUUUUACUGAGCUCACCUGUCUAACACAAUGAGAGAAGUGGAUUUAUUUUAUUUAUUAUAUAUUUAUUAUUUAUUUAUUUAAACAUGCAGCCUGAUGCAUUUGCAGAAUCCAUGCAGAGACCACACCGAAUCACAUCCAUCCAUGGCAGGAUGAGAGGACACCGAGCAGAGGAUUCAUCCUUUUCCUGCUCACACUCAUGUAUUUUUCAUUCCCAUACCAGAUCGAUCUUCAUACCUUCUGCUUUCUUGCCUCCGCACAUUUUACUCACACUGCACCUCAUCACACAACCCAUAGCCGCUCCUUCAUUUACACUUCCAUCCUCCCUCUCCUCCUCCCCCCCAUGUCAUUCAAUUUCCCUUGUCCACUCGUCCUUCACUUCUCCCAUGCUGUUCAUCCCAUCCAGCAUCCUCCUACUCUCCAGGGGGUCUGUGGCGGCCCUAAUGAAGCGGAUAGUUAGCAGAUAUUAGCUCGUUGGUGGUGGAUUCAUUACAGAGCAGAGGCUUAUGGUGAUUAUUUGUCCAUAAAUGAGGGUUUUCUUCCCCUCAAACAACCUCUCACACUCCUCCUCAUCCCCUCAGUUUGCCUCAGCACCUCUGCUUUCACAUGCUCCCCCUCCCUGUUAUUAGACACCCACAAUACAUAUCUACUUUCUUUCCUUCCCUAUCUCUCCUCGACGCCCCCAUACCCCCACUGGUAAUUAUGAAAAAGUCUGUAACGUGCUCAGAGGAGCUGAUAAUACCUUUAGCUUAAUUAAAGACGUUUAUGGGAUGUAAAGACAUGCAGCCUUGGGGUUUCUGUGUACUCACGUCAACCCAAAGCUCUUCAUUUCUUAGAUUUUUCUUCAUCUUCCUUCCUUCUCUUAUCAUCUUCCCAUUUUUACACGCACUGUAAUACGACACGGCUCUGUGUUUUUAUUUCAAGGGUGAGAAGCUAUUUUUGAUCAUACUGAUGUCAGAAAGUGCUCGGCUCCAUGAGCUCUUAUCACAAGCUCGAGGAUUGUUCGACAUACGUCCUGCACGUAGAAUCUUGUGCUGAAAUUUGACCCGCCGAGUCAAAAGAUUACACCGAUCCAGGUCAUUUUUGUCAUGAAAAUGGAAUAUUUUGAACCGAGUGUCUUGUUUUUGCAGCCACGUAUCAGCACCUAUCCAAGAAAAAUCUCACUGGGUCAAUAGACUCAGUGCAAAGACAAAAUCUCAGUGAUUUUCACUGUUCCACGUUACCAUCUGCAUGCUGUCUCCCAGUACAUCACCAUCUGCACAUGACUUAUUUAAUUGCACCACCACAUGCAGCUUCAGUGCACUAAUUAUUCCACUUCUUCGUUUGUUAGGUGUUUCACUGAAAUCCCGUACACUGGAUGCAUUAUUUAAUAGACUUUGCUUACAUUACGGCCGAGAAGAACUUCCAGCUGAUGAAGAGUAAUCUAGGAAUCACCAAAGGGAAAACGAUGGUGUUUAAAGAUAAUCUGCAUCUUUAUUAACCGCCGGUUUUCAGGAUGGUCUCUUAGUGAGAAAAAGACUAUCUACUUAUGAUUAAUGUCAAACGCAAGCUAUUUAACAACGCUGUGAUCAUGAAAUUCACUGUAUUUGUGCUGUUUUUCAUGUUUCUGUAACCAGGGGUAACAGGUGCGCGUUUUAGAUGUUUCAACUAUAAAACUUGGACUGAAGUGAAAAUGGAAUUAAUAUGAGGUGAAGUCUUUUUCACAAGUUCUGCAGCAGCGUCCAUGGCAGCAGUAGAGCAGCUCAGGAGGUUGGGCGGGUUGCCCAGGGAUCAGAAAGGUUGCAGGUUCAGCAUAUUCAAUCAGUCAAUCAAAGCUUUAUUUAUAAAGCGCCUUCUGCAACUCUGUUAGGAAGCCCAAGGCGCUGAACAUGGUACAGUAGAAGGUAAAUAUAUUGAAUAAGUCAAAAAUAAAAGCAAUUCAAAUUACAAAAUACAAAUUCCAAAUUACAACAUUCUGGUACAGGACAAAUGUGUAAAACAAUGGAUUGAGUGAACCAAUGAAAACUGUGAAACAAAUUCAACAUAAAAGAGGGCCAAAAUCAAACAAGUUCAGGAAACGCCAAGCGGAGGAGGUGUGUUUUUAGGCGACUCUUAAAGACUGGCAGAGAUGGGGACAGCCUAACUGAGGGUGGCAACUGGUUCCAGAGUGACGGUGCUAGGACUGAGAAAGCCCGGUCCCCGCGAGUACGACACCUAGAAUGAGGUGCAUAUUAUGCAAAACACUCCUUUUGUGUUGCCGUGUGUGUCCCUACAGCAUCAUGAAACACUACAAAUCUGAAAAAAAUAAACAUCCAACCAUUUUCUGUGUUUGGUUCUCGGGAGUUUGUGCCUAAAACAAGGCGUUCUGAAAAGUCCCCGUUUGUGAUAUCACAAAUGGGGAAAUUAGCAUAGACCCACUUCUCAUGUGCAAGAGAGAGCUGUCGCUGGAAGAGCAGCGGCUCCACAACAAGCCCCUCCCUGAUGUUGGUUGUCUCCGGUUAUUGCACCCUGGGUGGAAGAGGGGUGGGAGUGGCCAGCUCCAGCUUGUUUUCUUAAAGUGACAGAGGCCUGAAACAGCUCAUUCUGGAAGGUACUGAAAAAAAUGUACUGCUGAAAUUGCUUCUUUUGAGAGGGAUUUAGCGCAAAGAACUUAAUAAACACGCAUUAUAUCAACCAUAGAUCUAUUAUAACUUAAAAAAAUAAUCAUAAUAUCCAUCCAUCCAUUUUCUUCCUCUUAUCCAGAGUCAGGUCACGGGGGCAGCAGCCUAAGCUGAAAGGCCAAGAAUUCCCUCUCCCCAGCCAUUUGGGCCAGCUCUUCCUGGCAAAUCCCAAGGCGUUCCAUGGCCAGCUGAGAGACACAUAGUCCCUCCAGCAUGUCCUGGAUCUUCUGGUCUCCUCCUGGUUGGACACCUCAACUGGCUCCUCUCGAUGUGGAGGAGCAGCAGAUCUACUCCGAGCCCCUCCUGGAUGACAGAGCUUCUCACCCUAUCUGUAAGGGAGAGCCCAGACACCCUGCGGAGAAAACUCCUCAUGGCCGCUUGUAUCUGCGUUCUCGUUCUUUCGGUCACUACUUAAAGCUCGUGACUACAUGUGAGGUUAGGAACGUAGAUCAACAUGUAAAUCAAGAACUUCACCUUCCAGCUCAGCUCUCUCCUCACCACGACAGACCGGUACAUCAGUCCGCCUAUCGAUCUCGCGCUCCCUCUUUCCCUCACUCGUGAUGAGCAAGAACUCGAACUACUUAAACUCCUCCACUUGAGGCAGAACCUCAUUCCUGACCUGCAGAAGGCACCUUUUUCCGACUCAAGACCGUGGUCUUUAAACCUGACAUUAGGUCUAAAUGACAGCAAUGAUGUAAAGCAUAUGCUUGUUAAAAGUGAUGUUAUUUUAAAAAUCAUCAAAAGAAAAAUUCAUUAACAGAUUUGGACUGUUAAAUGUUGCUGAAUUACUUCACAAAACAUCAUCAAAAUAAAUCAAUUCUAACCUAAAGUUUGCAGCCAGCCACACUGGUCAAGAUGUCGGGCAAAACUCUAAAGCAGGCUACUGAGUCACUUGGCAACAAUAAGAGCUACAACAAGGUAUCGUAUGUUUAAAAGAAUGAACGUGAAGCUUCCAACUGCAGGAAAAUGGCAUUUUUAAAAGAAGUAUCUUCAGCUUUGCUGGCAGUAAGUCGGGCUCGUUCCCAGUGAGAGCUGGACUCCGCCAAGGCUGCCCUUUGUCACCGACUCUGUUCAUAACCUGUAUGGACAGGAUUUCUAGGCGCAGCCAAGGUGUGGAGGGCAUCCGUUUUGGUGGCCUGAGGAUCAGGUCUCUGCUUUUUGCAGAUGAUGUGGUGCUGUUGGCUUCAUCAGAACGUGAUCUUCAGCUUUCGCUGGAGCGGUUUGCAUCCGAGUGUGAAGCAGCUGGGAUGAGAAUCAGCUCCUCUAAAUCUGGGACCAUGGUCUUGAUUCGGAAAAGGGUAGAAUGCCUUCUCCGGGUCAGGGACGAGGUCCUGCCCCAAGUGGAGGAGUUUAAGUAUCUCAGGGUCUUGUUCACUAGUGAGGGAAAACUGGAGCGUUAGAUCGAUAGGAGGAUUGGUGCUGCAUCUGCAGUGAUGCGGGCGUUGUACCGGUCUGUCGUAGUGAAGAGAGAGCUGAGUCAGAAGGCGAAGCUCUCGAUUUACCGGUCGAUCUACGUUCCUACCCUCACCUAUGGUCAUGAGCUUUGGGUAGUGACCAAAAGAACGAGAUCACGGAUACAAGCGGCUGAAAUGAGUUUUCUCCGAAGAGUGACUGGGCUCUCCCUUAGAGAUAGGGUGAGAAGCUCGGUCAUUCGGGAGGGGCUCAGAGUAGACCCGCUGCUCCUCCACAUCGAGAGGAGCCACUUGAGGUGGCUCGGGCAUUUGGUCAGGAUACCUCCUGGACGCCUCCCUGGUGAGGUUUUCCGGGCACGUCGAACCAGGAGGAGGCCUAAAGGUAGACCCAGGACACGGUGGAGGGACUAUGUCUCUCAUCUGGCCAGGGAACGCCUUGGGAUUUCCACGGAGGAGCUGGCCCAAGUGGCUGGGGAGAGGGAAGUCUGGGCCUCUCGCCUUAGGCUACUGCCCCCGUGACCCGACUCCGGAUGAGCGCAUGAAAAUGGAUGGAUAGAUGGAUCUUCAGCUGCCGAGGCUUUGUUGCUGCCUGUGAGAUUUCAAAAAGUUGUUGGCUUGUUUUUUACGGAGCAGUAACCUUGUACACUGUUGGUGGACGAAUGAAAAUCAACUGAAAUCAAAAUAUGUGACCUGCUGACUGAGAAAUUUUACAAACGUCUGCUCAGAACGGUGGCUAAAAACUGGAUUUGACCAGCUGAAAGCAUGAAGGUCAAAAAGCCACAAACACUCCACCAAAAGUUAUGUGGAUGUAAAGUUUAAGAAACACGCCGAAUCAAACUGAAAAGUGCAAAAUAAAUAAAAAAAAUAAAAAAAUAAAUAACGUGUUGAUUCUUUUCCAAGAUCCAGUCGUUGGGAUUAAAUUUAACUGGAACUGUGUAUUAUCGGUCUCACGCACACCCACACACACACACACACACACACACACACACACACACACACACACACACACACGACUGGAAUGAUGACAGUGUUUUCCUGCUGAUAUGCCAGCAUUAGACGCCUCACAUCCUGUUGAGCUAUAAGACGAGCCCUGAUGUCAGUCAGGGACCCCAACAAGAUCCGUGGAAAUACUCUGAAUUCUGAGGUGAAACGCAGAAAGGUCACAGAAAAUCGGUGCAGAGAGAAGACUUCUUAUUUCAUUUAAAUGCAAGAUGAAGUCUGAACUCGUCAUCCUCUUUCUUGCUGCUUUCUUUGCUGCAUCUUCCUCUUAUGCUGAGAUCGCAGAUGAAUACGAUGUUGUUGUGGUGAGAGAGAACAAUCCCACCACUUUGGGCUGCGCUGGUAACAAACUGACGGGUGACAUGUCCAUCAACUGGAUGGUGAAACCAGGAAACGUGGGUGAGUGGAAGCUAAUUCUCUCAGUAAAUGAAAAGACAACGUUUUCUGGAGGCGCCUGGAAGGAAAGCAUUCAGCUGGUUGACAGUCACUCUCAGAGCACCAGGGACUUCUCACUGCUUUUAUCGCCCAAAGAGGAGGACGGGGGUCUCUACACGUGUCUGAUGAAGCAUCAGAAGAGGAAAGUCAAGGAGAUCGUCUACCUCUUGGCAGUCUUUACAGUCAGCUUGUACCCCGCUCCGCCCGUCCCUCAGAACAGCAUCCUGCGGCUGAUUGGUCGUGUUACUCCUGACAUCGCUGUCACCAAAAUCACCUGGACAGCACCUGGCGGGCUUCUCAUGAAGACUGAGCGGAAGCCGAACACGGGCACAGUGACCAAACUGCCUCUGGUCCAGAAAAGUGACGGCGGGACUUACACCUGCACCGUUUACCCGCAGGGCAACAGCACCGGCGUUCUGGCUGCAACCGUGAACCUGACUGUUGACGCUGACAAAGUGGCCCCAUUCACCAGCUCAGAACAACAUCACAUGAUCCACACCGGUACCGAGGCCCAGAAAGCCUUCCUCCUGACCUGCCCCAGCGUCCAGGGAGACUGUGUCAAGUUAUCCUGGCUUCCUUCAAAUUUCAACAGAGGCAAAUACCCAGAUUAUAAGAAAAUGAAGCUAGUCUACAAAUAUGACCGCUGGAGGGGGUCGGCGCAACGGAAAAAGGCGGGAAUCCGGCUGGCUGGCUUGCCUUACAACGCAAAGGCCGGGAGCUUCUCCUUCCAGAUGAGCCUUGACCUCAGUGAUGGCGGUAUUUACAUCUGCCAGGUUUUCCUCAAUGAUAACAUCUUCCUCCAGAAUACGACUCUCAGCGUGCUGAAAGUUAAAACUUCCAAUUAUUCCUCAAAGCUGGAGUUGUUGUGUCGGUUCUCAGAGCCGCACCAGGUUUACCGUGCUGUGUGGGAGCACAGCAAUGAGAGUCGCCAGCUGGUGUCGAGCUCCAGAGGCCCCGGCAGCAUCAGCACCACUCUGCCUUUACCCAUCACCUCAGACGUGGUAGGGAGGUACACCUGCGUCCUGCAGCUAAAAAAUGGCCAGAUCAUCAGAGCAGACACCGUAAUCACAGUGCCCUCUAAAGUGCAAGUCAGCGCCACCACCCCCUCCUUGCUCUCCAAAACCUCUCCUUCUCUCUUUGCUUUAUUACUCCCAGUGCCCCUGGUUGCUGCAGCUGUCGGUGUGUUGCUAUGGAGACAGAAACACAUUUCUGAUCGCGGUAUUGAGCAGUCACUGUCUGUCCACUCGGGUGAAGCAGAGAACCUCUACGAGAAUCCUGAAGAUUUCAGACAGGUGAUGAAGUCACCAUGUCCUCUGAUGGAUCGAUCCUUCUCCAACAUCUUCCUCCUGGUCCUCAGCUCUCCUCUUUCUCAUUUCCUGAUCUCAUCCACGUUUUUAGUUUUAUUUCUCUUUUACAUUUCUGUUUUCCCUCCCUUUCCAUGUCCUUUCUGGUUCUCUAAACCUGUUUUCUGCACUCUCUUCCACCCCAGCAGGCCCUUCCUCAGGGUUCAGUCUACAUGGAUUUGAAGCCGAGAGGAGACGGUGAUGUCUAUAAAGAACUGGAGCGGUACGAGCAGUGUCAGGGCUGAUCUCCUAUCCACAUUUCAUCCUCAUCCACCUGUCACAUUCUCUCACUUCACAGCUGCAACAAAGGCCUUUGUGAACAACGGAACGUCGGAGUUUGGACUUGAAUAAAAACUUUUAUGUUUAUUGGAAAUGCUUGUGGUUUUGUUUGGGUUUUUAAUCUACAUUAGCAGCUGCUCUUUGCAGGGGCGUGUCCAGAGAGUGGCCGAGGAUAGCACAUGCCACCCUUUGAGUCUGAUUGGCCACCCCACUGAGUUUUGUUUAAAGAUAAAGUCCCAUUAGUCGAUAUCACACACUGUUGAAAUUACAUCUCCACGUUUGAGCUAUCCCUGUAGGGAGUGGUGACCUGCAGCAGUGGUUUGGAACAAUUUGGCUAUUCAAUUCCCCAACCCAACCUCUUAAAGCUGAAUGUCUAGCAGGGAGGCACUGGGUCCCGAUUUUACCUCAUUGAUCUCCUAGUCCCAGUGUGGACACUAACCACCAGGCCCCUGAGAAGGUAACUUUACAAUGUACAGAAAGGCUUGAGGUUACAAACCAUAAGCUUGUACCUUAAACCAGGGGUUCCCAAAAUAUUUUCUUUGAGGACCCCCUUGCUGGUGUCCAAGACAAGCCAGGACCCCCAACCCCAAGUCCUACACACAUACACACAUUAUGUGACCAGUUACUAUCUUUAUACAGAGGUAUAACUUAUACUUGUAGUUCUGUCAUUAUGUUAUUGGGAUUUUAUAAAUGUUAUUUUUUCAAAUGAAAUCUUGUUAACCACACAACCAUAGCAAAGACAAAAUUGUUGGGACCCCCUGCAAUCUUGUGGGGACCCCCUUGGGGGCCCCGACCCCCAAUUUGGGAACCCCUGCCUUAAACAAUGGUUUCUAGCCCCAACCUACAGAACCUUUCUGUAUUAUUGUUUAUUUUGUUUUGUUUAUUUCAUAUUGACAUGAAUAGCAGUUAGAGUACUGGUACCACUGCACCCCAGUUGGGAAGAAGAAGAAGAAGAAGAAGAAGAAGA